CCAGAAGGACGAGGUGCCGGCGGAGCAUCAGGGACCGCGCAGCAUUUCGGAUUAGCCGCAUCAGCUAUGAACAUCAUCCGCGGGCUUUGGCAGAAGUGAACCGGAGCUCUCACACCACCACACCGUCGAGGAUGAGCGGGACUGCGGCGGCCACAGCGGCGGCUUCCUGCCGCUUCGCCCACUACUUUGUUGUGUGUGGAGUGGACGCGGACACGGGCCUGGAGCCGGACGAUGGAGCAGGUGAAAGCUUCGAGCAGAGUCCCAUUAGACGAUCCUUCAAGUCAAAGCUCCUGGUGCACUACCCUGAAAACACAGACAGGAACCCCUUCAGUAAAGAGGCCGUCAACAUGCUGUGUAUGCCGAGGGGCCUGUCCUUCCGCACUCAGACCGACAGACUCGAUCCUCAGUUCCACUCAUUUACGCUCUCCUCUGAUGAUGGCACACGUUCCUACGGCUUUGUCCACACGUUCUACGAGGAGGUGACCAGUCCUCAGAUCAUCACUGCCAUGCACACCCUCAGUCAGAUGCACCACGUGGAGCACCAGUCCACUUCAUCGUCCUCCUCUCCCUCCUCCUCGGCUUCAUCCGCCUCCUCGCCCUCCACCUCCAGCAUGGACUCUCUUGUGAGCAGCCUGGACGAGUCAGACGCCGAGUCCCUGGCUGCGGUGUCUGGCUGCCUCGGCUGCGCAGGCUCCUUCGAUCCAGCACGCGACACCCUGUACGUGUCCAAGGCCCUCUGCCUGCUGACGCCGCUCCCUUUCCUUCAAGCCUCACGACAGUUCCUGUCUCAGCUUCACCUGGCUGCGACGUCGCAAACAGCUCCACCUCUUCCUCUGGAGAGCUACAUCCACAACAUCCUGUACGAGGUGCCCCUGCCUCCACCUGGCAGGUCGCUGAGGUUCCAUGGCGUGCAUCGCCCCAUCGUGUGCCAGCGGCCUGGGCCGGGGGAGCUGCCACUGGGGGAGUAUCCUCUGGGAGAGGCCUUCUCCCUGCUGGGUGUUGACAAUAUGGUGCAACUGCUUACCUGUGCAUUUCUGGAGACUCAAGUUCUGCUAUGCUCUCAAGACUACCAGCGUUUGAUGACGGUGGCAGAGGGCAUCACCACUUUGCUUUUCCCGUUCCAGUGGCAGCACAUCUACCUGCCCAUCGUCUCUCCACCAUUGCAUCACCUCCUGGACGCCCCCAUGCCGUUCCUGAUCGGCAUCCAGCGCAGAGAUGGAGCUCAGCGCUCCUCCCUCCACCUCCCACACGAGGCAAACCUGUGCAUCGUCGACAUAGACAACCACUGUGUCGAGGCCCCCGAGGACCUGCCCAUGUUUCCAAACCAGGCCGAGCUCAUCCAGGAGCUGAGCGAGGUCUUGCUGCGUUUUGGGCUCUCUCCCCAGGGAGGUGUGAUCACAAACCCCCCCACCACCGCCGCCACCACCACCACCCCCGCCUCGCCACGUGUCAGCAGCCUGGUCCUGGAGGAUCUGAUGGAGGACAGAAGGAACGGGAACCUCGGCGGCGAGGAGCUGGCAGUGCUGGAGAGGCUGCAGGCUCUGGCAAGGAGGUGCGGAGGAGGGAAAAUGUCCGACGGCGAGCAGACGCUGGGACACGUGUUCGAAGAGGAGGAGGAAGAGUUAAAGGCUGCGAAGCUGAACAUUCAGCUGAGGGAGGUGUUUGCUGGACGGUUCUCUGCCAUGUUCGGCAGGUACGACGAGUUCGUCAUCCACAGCGCUCUGGAUCUGGACUCGUGGCUGAGCAACCGAGAGGGCACGUUCAGCUUCGACAAGGGCUCCUUCCUCUCGGUCCAGCCCACGACUCACCUGCGUUUCAUGUCUCGGUUCCUGGAGACGUCCAUGUUUUCUUCUUUCAUCGAUGGGAAAGUGAUUUCUCGCUGGGCAGAAAGAGAUCCACUGCAGCAGCUGUUUGACAACCGGCUGGAGAAAGAAGGACUGUACGACACAGACAAGGACUCGCACAACUGUCACUACAGGAAGUGCACCACGCUCAUUGAGUCAGCUCAGGCCACUGAACGCAGACUGCUGAAGGCCGACCACACAGCCAUCCAUCCCCAUCUGCUCGACAUGAGGAUCGGACAAGGUCGUCACCAGCCGGGCUAUUUCCCCAAGCUGCAGGCCGAUGUGCUCGUCCAGGGACAGAACACCAACAAGUGGUCCAGUCGCGUGACAGCAUCCCGCAGGUCUGAACCCAAGAGAUCGACGACAGCUGAUCACACGGGAGUGGAUAAUGAACAGAGACAGAAGCACACGUUCAUGAGGAAGAACCUCCGUCAGGCCAAGCUGCUCGACCCGUCGCCUCAAGCCGUCACUCAGACCCACCGAGAGUUUGUGGACGGGCUGCUGAGCGAGUGUCGUCUGAAGACCAAGCGGAUGCUGAUGGAGAGGAUGGGGAAGGAGAGUGUGGAUCUCGGUCAGGGAGAAGCCAACAUCACGGGCCUGCAGGAGAACACACUCAUCCACGGCCUGUGUGACCUGCUGGAGAGAACCUGGGGCCACGGCCUGCAGCUGAAACAGGGGAAGUCUGCUCUCUGGUCCCAUCUGCUGCACUACCAGGCCGCCCAGGGGAAGACAGAGACACCGGCUGAGUCUCCAGGGUCCAACGGUUCGGAGCAGAGGACGUUUGAUGAGGGCGCUCUGCUCCUGAGAGGAUCCUUAACACAGGACAUGAGGUUUAUCCAAACCAUGAGUGAGGGGCUGUCCGAGGUGGGUCAGGCCCGGUCCUGGAUCCAUCUGGCUCUGGAGAAGAAAAUGCUUUGCCAGCACCUUAAAGAGCUGCUCACGAACCAGAAGCUGCUCAGGCAGCUGUACAAACCUCAUGCAUUCCUGCUGUGCGAGGAGGAGAGGGAGCAGUUUCUGUUCCACCUGCUGUCUCUGAACACCGUGGACUACCUCUGUUUUACACGGGUCUUCACCUCCAUCAGUAUUCCAUACCGCGUCGUUAUUAUACCCAUGAAGAAGCUGAGCAUCGCCAUGGCAACAGUUAACCCCUGGGUGUGUGUGUCAGGAGAACUCGGUGAUUCAGGAGUGAGACAGAUCACGAAGAACACACAAGAGAUUUAUUUCCAGUGUAAGAACCUGGGCAGGCUGAGCACGCUGGAGCUGGGACAGGAGAACUCGGGUUUGCUGGCCAAGUGUCUGAUCGACUGUGUGAUGGUGUACAAUGAGAUCACCGGACACACAUACAAGUUCCCAUGUGGCCGCUGGCUGGGGAAGGGCGUGGGUGACGGCAGCCUGGAGAGAGUCCUCAUUGGUCAGCUGGUGUCACCUGGUGGGGAGGAGGACUCUGGAAGGUGGACAGGGACGCCUCCGGAGCUGGCCUCUCCUUCUCAGAGCGUACGGGCAGUGCUGGAAUCGCUUGGCAGCCGAAGCAGGAUGCAGUCUGUUGAAGUGCAGGAGAACAUGAGGGAGACUGCAAAUAACCUCGUGAAGCACUUCCACAAACCUGAACAAGAGAGGGGAAACGUGACGGUCUUGUUAUGUGGUGAGGGGGGGCUGGUGCUGUCCCUGGAGAAUUUCCUCCUCCACGGACUCAAGUCCAACCGUCUCUUCCAGCGGAACGUGUUCGUGUGGGACUUUGUCGAGAAGGCCGUGGUUUCCUUGGAGAGCACUGAUCAGAUGGGUGAUCUGCAGGGAUCCACCUUCACGAGGGGUCCGCCGUGCGACUCACUGUGCCACUACGUCAAUGCCAUCAACGCUUCGCCCCGCAACAUCGGAAAAGAGGGAAAGUUCCAGCUGUUCGUCUGCCUAGGAAUCAGGGACCGGCUUCUCUCUCAGUGGCUCCCCCUGUUGGCAGAGUGUCCCCUGACAGCGCGGACGUACGAGGACAGUGCUCUGCUGAGGGACCGUGCAGCCGUACACUCCCUGUCUCGCAUCCUACACACGCUCAAUGACUUCGCCAUCACCCUGGAGACGGCACUGGUCAAAGGAGUUGACCUCUGACCUUCAACGAAACGCAUGGAGACUAACAGCCCCCCCCCCCCCCCCCCCCCCCACACUUCUGUGCAACGUACUGCAGGAAUGCUGAUGGGUUGAAACGUUCAUCUUUCCAUGGCUUUACGAGACUUUAUCAUGAUUAAAAAGAAGGACCCUGGACCAGAGGAAGCUUCAGACGUAUUGCCUUGUUCACUGUAUUCGCUUCAGGAAACGUUCUGGUUUUUUCGCGCUGCGCUUUACACUGUGAAAUUCCUGGAGGAGAAAAUCCGAGUCAUUAAUCAUCUCACAUUUACAGUAGAUAUUCUCACAGCUCGCUCCGUUUACUGCACCUGACCCUUAGGACAACUAUAACUCUCCUUCUACCGCCGUAUUGCUUGCACUUGGAAUUUAAACUUAACACAUGCAUGGCCAAAUUCUGUUUCCUUGUUUGUUUUAUGUCUUUAGUGUGUUGUGACCUGAAAUAUCAGGACUCAGGCCUUAUUAUAGAAAAACUAUUUCUUGACGUGAUUCAUUGAAUAUCUUAGUAAAUAUAAUAAAGAAAGCUAAAGCUCCUACAGUAUAAUAUGUUAUAAUAGGUUGUAUUAUUAUGCUCUUGUUAUACUGUGAAAGGUCUGGCCUGAUUCUCUUUGCUUACUUCUUUGGGGUCACAAACUGCAGAGUCGUGCUCAUGAGAUCCUCCCUUGCUGAAACACUGAAACCAAACUGGUGUCCCAGUUGUGUCCGUUCAAAUAGUCUUUACCACUUUGUCCGAUUUUUUUUCUCCUCUCUCAUUGUAAAUAUUUUGCUUCAUUAGACUUUUAAUGGAACUGUGGCCAUUUGUUCUCAUGCUAAAACGAAUCUGUGGCAUCUUUCCUGUAUAGAGGCAUCUUGUUUGUGUCUGUGUAAAACAAUAGAUUCCUUUACUGAUUAUAUGGAUUAAUAGUCGCGUUGUUUAUUUCUGAACUGUUCGAUUGUCUUUGCAAAAAAAAACAACCACUGACAAUAAAUAGAGCACAGGUUCUUAAAAAACAGCUAGGUAUUAUUUUGAUGUUGCAUUUAACAGUUUGAGAAUUGUGAAAAUGCUGUCUCCUGCACUCUCCUGCAAGCACUCUGUAACCCACAAUGACCACGCCUUUAUUAUCAUUGAAGUACAGAUUAGAGAAAGCAAUAAUGAACUGUUAUUUAUGAAAUGUGUUGUAAAAGAUUAAAGUAAAUAUUGACA